CUUGUUGAUGUGGACAGAGAGAAAGGCAGGGUGAGGCUUGUUGCGGCAGCUAAGGAAAGAAUGGGGAAAAGCCGAAAGCUUGAGUCAGGCAAGGGAUGGGAUUCAUGUGUUAGGGAGGUCUUUAAAUUUCGUUUAUUUCGGAGUGACGAAUAUAUACUUAAAGGCUUUUUUUCGUAUGCCGCUAACCUUUACAAAGUUCAAUGUUGCAGUGAAUCUCCAGUUAGCUAACCAUGGAUGGUUAGCUGCUAUCCGAGCUAGCUAGCAAACGUUAACGCUACAUGGCAGCGCAGUGCACCUGUCACCAGCUUUUUCUUCUUGAACCUCUUUAUUUCUUUGGCGUGUUAGUUAGGCACACUUGUUAGCUUCAUUUCUUCGUCAGUAUUCAAAGUGUGGAACGCCUCAGCCACCAUGGUGCGAAAACAACUGUUGGGCUGCCAAAGCUAGACAAAGAAGAUGAGUCAACGUUAGCUUGUACUCUCUGCUUCCAAAAUGCAUGUGUUGAAAACCAAUGAUAUCGGCAGGCGCUCUGUUGGAUAAUUAUAAACCCAAAUAGUCAGCUAGACCCGCAAAGAAGAAGAAAUGGCCUCCUCCAAAGCAAAGGUUGGAGUUACCCUCGAGAACAACUCCAUCAAAGAGAGUAAAAGCAACGCCAGCAAUUCAGUGAUGCCAGCUGGAGAAGCAUCACCCAAUAACCGGAUAUAUUGCCUUGAUGACCUGGAGACCAUUGCCACAGUUGGCACAGGAACCUUUGGCCGAGUCUUCCUGGUCAAGGACAAGAAGAGCAGGGCCUUCUACGCCCUCAAGCAGAUGAAAAUCCCCGACGUGAUCCGACUGAAGCAGGAGCAGCACGUCCACAAUGAGAAGGAGGUGCUGACAGAAGUCAACCACCCCUUCCUCAUCCGCCUGUUUUGGACCCACCAUGACGAGCGGUUUCUCUACAUGCUGAUGGACUAUGUGCCGGGCGGUGAGCUGUUCAGCUACCUCCGCAGCCGUGGGCGGUUCAGCAAUGCCACUGGCCUCUUCUACACCACAGAGAUUGUAUGCGCCAUUGAGUACCUCCACUCCAAAGAGAUUGUCUACCGUGACCUGAAACCAGAGAACAUCCUGCUGGACAGUGAGGGCCACAUCCGCCUGACCGACUUUGGCUUCGCUAAGAAGCUUUCUGACAGGACCUGGACGCUUUGUGGUACUCCUGAGUACCUCGCUCCCGAAGUCAUUCAAAGCAAAGGUCAUGGCCGAGCAGUGGACUGGUGGGCCUUGGGCAUUCUGAUCUUCGAGAUGCUGGCUGGAUACCCGCCAUUUUUUGAUGACAAUCCGUUUGGUAUCUAUCAGAAGAUCCUGGCUGGAAAGCUGGAAUUCCCACGGCAUCUGGAUUUCUACGUAAAAGACCUCAUCAAGAAAUUUCUGGUCAUUGACCGAGCCAGACGGCUAGGCAACAUGAAGAAUGGGACGGAGGAUGUGAAGAAGCACCGGUGGUUCAAGACGAUUGACUGGGAUGCAGUUCCUCUCAGAAAACUGAAGCCACCCAUAAUUCCUAAAGUUUCUCAUGAUGGCGACACCUCCAACUUUGAUGUCUAUCCUGAAGACGACUGGAAAAAAGACGCCCCAGUGCCUCAAAAGGACCUGGAGAUCUUCAAGAACUUCUAACCACUGAAUCAUUUAGGCAGUUGGUAUAUUUAUUGGUCAGAUAUCAUCCUUAUGAUAGAAGUCCUUUUAAAGUGAAUUCCCUUGUUGACAUUUUAGGAAUGACAAUGGCUCCUUUAUAAAGAACUCAAAAUGUUUGAUGCUGUGAUAUCAAAUAUCCUAUUACAAAUGCAUCAAGAUUUUUUUCAUAUUUUUAUUUAUCUUGGUACAGUCAAAUCUUUUUGUUUUAUCAUGUACUUUCUCUGAGCCUGUUCACAUUAUGCAAAAAAAAAAAAAGGUUCAUUUGAAACCAAACGACUGUUACUUCUUAUGUUCGUAAAACAGAGCAAUCAGGUCUUUUUUUAUAUUACCAUGUUUUAUAUUUUGAGAGGUUCUUUUGAAAACUUUAUGAAAAUUAAUGGUUAAGAAAGCUGUUUAUUCAUAUUUAAAUGUGUACAGAUUUAAUCCAGACUACAUCCUGCCUGCUAGUAUGUGUUGGCUGUACCAAUUAGCUGGUAAUGACUAGAGUGUAAUGCUUUGUCCCUCAAAGCUUUGUAAUUGUCAGCUGGCCAGUAGUCAUUAAAACGGGGGUUUCUAGACUCAUUGCAAAAAGCUUACAUGUGCGCAUUAGUCAGCCAUUUUAAUUGAAAACCCAAGACCAGUAGCACUUGUAAAAAGGUGCCUUACAUCACAGUUUGAUGGGCAUGAUGUCUUGAAAUUGUACUGUCUUCAGCUAUCUACCCACAGCACGAUACUAAACAAAGCUGUGCUGCUUGAACCUCCGACUCGUUGUAUAUGUGAAUUAGUAUCAUAGACAAAGGACUGUAUCUGGGUGCUGAAUUUACCGUCAUGUUUUUCCUCUUUCAGUCCACUUUUUGCCUGUACUUUCCCAUGAGGAGUGUCUCCAGAUCAUUCGCAGCCAAAGUGCUUUGUUAUUAUACUCACAACCAUACACGCACAUCUGUUCUAGAAACUGGACUUCCCAAGACACUCUGCACAUAACGAGUCAUCACUGGCAUUGUUCUCAUGCCUUUGAGACCAAAGCAGUUAUGUAAGGUGAAGACCCUGAGAAGUGUUUUUUGUUACAGUUUUUGGUAAAAUUGUGUUUAACGUGUAGGGUUACACCAAAUAUAUCAUUGUGAUGAUAUAUUGGAAUGAUGUUGGCCUUUCAAACCCCCUGUCUCCUCCCAAAAUACCCAAUAUCGGCCUGUCAGUGUCACUACCUGCCAAUAAUAAAGGGCGUGAGGAUAUGAUUUUACUCAAGGAAAAGCUGUAUUGAGACUUGCCUCACCCUGCCUUAAGGUGCUACUUACCCACUUCUAAUAGUUCCACAUGUAUGGCUUUCUGUGAGCAUACCAUGAUAGUCUAAAUGCUGUGCAUUAAGCUUUUCUGCUCUGACCACAAGAAGAUGCUGGAGGGAACACUAAAUACUUGUAAAUUACUUAAAAUACUUGUUUUCCUCUUUAUUUACCAUAAAGGUAGUUAAAUCUAGGUUACUGACAAAAUAUCAACAGUGAGCAGCUUCAAUCCAAAUAUAUUGGUACAAGUGUCUACCUUCAAAAAUGCAAAUGGCUUGAAUCUAAGUAUAUAAUCUGUGUACUGACAAGACGCUAGCCUGGUUCCAGGCCCGUGAAUUACAUGUUCACUUACAUAAACUAACACUAGCUAACAUGAGAAAAUGGAUGAUCAAGUAGAUAGAUACUGCUCUUGACGUCUUAAAUAAAAACUAAAAACACUCCAAGCAGAGCAGCAUUGUGCGCUGAAGGCAUUUCUGAAAGCAUUCUGAGGCAUUUAUGUUUUUUUGUGUUCUGCCGAUGGGAUUUGGCAUAAGUUUAAUUAAAAUUUUCAACUAACCCAGCUGGAAAGGGCCCCCCGUCUCUGUUAGAAUGAGCUUGUCUCUGCUGCAGGGAGAUAGUUUACGUGGCUAGUGCGUUGUUAGCCUCAAAUUAGACUAACAACAGGCAGCUAGGGAAACUAACUCCCUGGAACAGAGCUAGAAUUAUGUUUUUCAGUGGCUUUUUGGCAAUGUAGAACCCUUUCACCAACAAAUUGACUUGGCAUAAACAGCACAAAGUCAAGUCAGUUUUUAUUUGUAUGGCCCAACAUCACAAAUUACAAAUUUGCCUCAAGGGGCUUCACAGCAAUACAACAUCCCCUUGUCCUAAGACCCUGACAUCAGAUGAGGAAAAAAGGAAGAGACAUUGACAUUUUUGUAUCUUGGCUGAAGUUGCUAAGUUAGCCCUGUAAACUGGCUAACACGGCUCCUGUGGUUAGUGUAAUUCAAAUUCCUCUGCCUACACAAGUCUAACACAGGCAAUUUCAGUCUUAAUAAUGUAGUAUUCAGUUUGAAUAUCAAGCUAACAUAACACCCUUUGUGGCAUUAAUAGGCUCCAAAAAAGUUUACAGUUACUGAAGUGUGAAUUUUUACCUGUGAAUUGAAUUCUCUCCUUUGUGCCGUGCACAGGAUCAUAUGUAUGGACGUGCUGGCCAUGACUAAACUGUAUUAGACAUCCCAUUCAAUAACAGCUCCUCAUCUCCCUCCUUAGAUCUAGGUUUUCCAGAUUAGCAUUACAAUGAUCACUGCUCUAAACACUACUUUGUAUUUAAGGCUUUCUGCUAAGUAGAGAAACUUGGAGUGCGCCCCGUAUGGAGCUUGUCCUUUUAGUGUGAUUUUUGUACAAUGCAUGUAUUGUCUGUAGCAGUCCCGCUCAAACCCCAUUUUUGUGGCAUUAAUUGUUUCACCCAGGAAUAUAUUUUAUAAUUAACAACCUUUGCCUUGAAAAAAAAAACCCACAACAGAACGCAUUUUGUUCAAUUGUUUGUUUUUUUCCUGGUAGGAACAAUCAUCCAUCAUUUUCUAUCCAGUUCAUACCAAUGCCUUUUAAUAUUACUCCCUUUGUAACUUUCAUUACAGAACUUAAAGCAAUGGCCAGUCUUUGUAAAAUGGGUAAAAACGCCAACGUUUGGAGAUGUUUUGAAAAAAUGACACAUCGAGGAAUAAACAUGUUGUCUUA